AUGGGUCUUCUCAGCAUCAUUCGGAAAAUCAAAAAGAAAGAAAAGGAAAUGCGAAUUCUUAUGGUUGGGUUGGACAAUUCUGGAAAAACAACAAUUGUUUUGAAGAUUAAUGGGGAGGACACUAGUGUCAUCAGUCCUACACUUGGCUUCAACAUCAAAACCAUCGCCUACCAGAAGUACACUCUAAAUAUAUGGGAUGUUGGAGGCCAAAAAACAAUUCGAUCUUACUGGAGAAACUACUUUGAGCAAACAGAUGGUUUAGUUUGGGUAGUUGACAGUUCAGAUCUUAGAAGGUUGGAUGAUUGCAAAAUGGAGCUAGAUAACCUUCUAAAGGAAGAGAGACUAUCUGGAGCAUCCUUACUAAUUCUAGCAAAUAAACAAGAUAUUAAAGGCGCCCUUGCACCCGAAGAAAUAGCUAAGAAUAGCGGCCAGCAAGCCGCUACGGCAUUGCUAUUGCGUUGCGAUUGUGCCUCUAUGACACUGCUAUUUGCGGCCGCUAUGACCGCUACUGUCUAUAGCACUUUGCAUGCCAAUAGCGUUGCGGUGAUGGGCAGUGCCGCCACGCUACAUCACUAUAGUGCGCUAUUGACUACAUAG